AUGUGGUGGAGUACAGUUUACUCCAUGUGGUACACUACAGUAUACUCCAUUUGGUACAGUACAGUUUACUCCAUGUGGUACACUACAGUAUACUCCAUUUGGUACAGUACAGUACAGUACAGUAUACUCCAUGUGGUACAGUACAGUAUACUCCAUUUGGUACAGUAUUACAGUAUUCUCCAUGCGGUACAGUACAGUAUACUCCAUGUGGUACAGUACAGUAUACUCUCUGAGGUACAGUACAGUAUACUCCAUGUGGUACAGUACACUAUACUCCAUGUGGUACAGUACAGUAUACUCCAUGUGGUAUAUUACAGUAUACUCUCUGAGGUACAGUACAGUAUACUCCAUGCAGUACAGUACACUAUACUCCAUGAGGUACAGUACAGUAUAUUCCAUGUGAUACAGUACAGUAUACUGCAUGCAGUACAGUACAGUAUACUCCAUGAGGUACAGUACAGAAUACUCCAUGCAGUACAGUACAGUAUACUCCAUGCGGUACAGUACAGUAUACUCCAUGAGGUACCGUACAGUUUACUCCAUGCAGUACAGUACAGUAUACUCCAUGCGGUACAGUACAGUAUACUCCAUGAGGUACAGUACAGAUUACUCCAUGUGAUACAGUACAGUAUAGUCCAUGCGGUACAGUACAGUAUACUCCAUGAGGUACAGUACAGUAUACUCCAUGUGGUAUAGUACAGUAUACUCUCUGAGGUACAGUACAGUAUACUCCAUGCAGUACAGUACACUAUACUCCAUGUGGUACAGUACAGUAUACUCCAUGUGAUACAGUACAGUAUACUCCAUGCAGUACAGUACAGUAUACUCCAUGAGGUACAGUACAGUAUACUCCAUGUGGUACAGUACUGUAUACUCCAUGCAGUUCAGUACAGUAUACUCCAUGCGGUACAGUACAGUAUACUCCAUGAGGUACAGUACAGUUUACUCCAUGUGAUACAGUACAGUAUAGUCCAUGCAGUACAGUACAGUAUACUCCAUGAGGUACAGUACAGUUUACGCCAUGCGGUACAGUACAGUAUACUCCAUGCAGUACAGUACAGUAUACUCCAUGAGGUACAGUACAGUAUACUCCAUGCAGUACAGUACAGUAUUCUCCAUGCGGUACAGUACAGUAUACUCCAUGUGGUACAGUACAGUAUACUCCAUGCAGUACAGUAUAGUAUACUCCAUGCAGUACGGUACACUAUUCUCCAUGCGGUACAAUACAGUAUACUCCAUGUGGUGGAGUACAGUAUACUCCAUGCGGUACAAUACAGUAUACUCCAUGCAGUACAGUACAGUAUACUCCAUGCAGUACAGUACACUAUACUCCAUGCGGUACAGUACAGUAUACUCCAUGUGGUACAGUACAGUAUACUCCAUGCAGUACAGUAUAGUAUACUCCAUGAGUACACUAUACUCCAUGCGGUACAGUACAGUAUACUCCAUGUGGUACAGUACAGUAUACUCCAUGCAGUACAGUACAGUAUACUCCAUGUGGUGGAGUACAGUUUACUCCAUGUGGUUCAGUACAGUAUUCUCCAUGCAGUACAGUACAGUAUACUCCAUGUGGUACAGUACAGUAUAUUCCAUGUGGUGGAGUACAGUUUACUCCAUGUGAUACAGUACAGUAUACUCCAUGCAGUACAGUACAGUAUACUCCAUGUGGUACAGUACAGUAUACUCCAUGUGGUACACUACCGUAUACUCCAUUUCUUGUUUAUUGGUUUUUCCACCUGA